UUGACUUUAUUGAUCACAAUGGAAACGGCUUUGGCGGGUACAAGGGCCGCCGUGUCAUGCGAAUCAUUCUGUCCAUGGCCAUGAUGACGGUGGUCGAAAGGACUCCAAAUGUCAAUCUCGUCUUUGGCAAGAAAGUGAUUGGCGGUGAGGAAAUCAGUGACAAGGCCAUUAUUCAUUUCAGUGAUCAAUCGGAAGUCAUUGCAGACCUCGUCAUUGGCUGUGAUGGUGUUCAUUCCGCCGUUCGUACCCGCUGGGUUGAUCCCGACUGCGCCUCUCAAUACACGGGCAUGUCUUUCUUACAGGCUACUCUCUCGGCAAACUCCCUCUCCACUCCACCCCAUUUCCAGUCAUCUGCGUUGAAUAUCUCCCGUCAUGGCUCGGUGUUGACGAGCUUCUGCGACCGUGAUCGCGAGCAAAUAUUUGCAGCUGCCAUCGUUCAGUUCGAUCAAGCAGAACUGAGCCACCAUCGCCUUGAGCCGGGGCAAGACUGGGCAACUAAGGAUCGGAUUCGUCGGGAUUUGCGCUACGAGAUGCGAUCUCGGUUCUCCAAAUCAGCGCUGCCCUGUAUCCGAGAGAUAGUGGAGAGUAAAGCGGAUUGGAUGCUUUACCCUGUUUAUCAAGUCCGACCGGGAGGACGAUGGUGUAUGAACCGUGUCAUCCUACUUGGUGAUGCAGCACAUGCGAUGCCCCCUCGAGACGAAUCAGCAGCAUAUGCCUUGGAUGAUGCUAUUCUCUUUGCUCGUAUCCUGGCACGUUACCGCUCGGAGCCUCUCACAGAGGUCUUCGAGGCAUACGAGCGACUUCGUCGAGAAACGAUCAACCGCGCUUUCAAAGAAUCCCGCCGCAUGUGGGAUAGGAAUCGUGACAUGGGCUUUUUGGAAGGCCGGCUUAAAGAGUGGAUGAUGCCCUUCCAGAUUCGAAGUCACCGCGAUGAACGAGAAAGUGCGUGGGAGUUUGACGCAACCAAGAUUCUGCUUCCGACACCGACUCCAAGCGAGGAUUUGGUGUCGCUAAAUUCAUUCUUAAAGGAAGGUACUGCAUAAGCGAAAAUCUAUUAUGAAAUACUUCCUUCGGUUGGCUCGGGUGUUUGGAUGGAUUGCAUUGAGGGUGUACUGAUUUGAAUUUAUGGUGUGAUACCCGGGGAACUAUUGGGUUUAGUGAUAUCGGUAGUCAAUCAAGUCGGGCUCAUGCCUAGUGGCUGGUGCCAAUUUCGAAGUCUAAU